CAGUCUGAACCGGUUUCAACCGGUUAUGAGUGUGUUACUUGAGAGGAGGAGAAACACAAGCGUACACUCUCUCAAACUGCCCCGCUGCACAAAAUAUUUCAGAAUAGAACAAAAAAGUAAAUCAAGGAUUAUUACUUCUUAAAAUGAACCGGAAUAACAUAUUACUCAGCCUGCCGUGAAUACAGUUGGGAGAACCCACGUUAGCCGUUCUUAGCUACAAGCUAUCUGUUAGCAAGCAGGACUCCUGGUGGAAUACGUUAGCUAACGUUAGCUGAUUGCUAGCUUAGCCACAGAAAGUAAUUGAAUUAAGUGUAACCUAGUAACACAGGAAGGUACAUUUUUGGUUUGGCUUUAACGUUUUGGCAGGUGAGCUAUCUAGCUAACUGCAGAACAUGUAACUGCUUCGCCGUUGUCUUAUUCUUUGAUAGCUGGUUGGCUAGUUGCAUAUCAAUAUAAGUAUAGGUAACUGACUAGCAAUUAGCUUGCUAGUUCAGAAUUGGCUCGGUGAGUAGAUUGCGGCAGAUUUGGCAAACUAAAAGCAGAUAAAACAGCAUAGUGUGUGCGUGCUAGUGUACUUUUGGGAUUCAAAACCAAAGGAGGGGAACCGUGAUUUUAAAAAAGUUGAGCUCCAUGCCAGCAAUUAUGACAAUCCUGGCCGACCGCGCAGCGCAGCAGCUGCUGGACUUCAACCAGAAACUGGAUAUCAACCUGCUGGACAAUGUGGUCAACUGUAUGUACAACGACAUUGGAUCACAGCAGAGGAUGGCUCAGGAGGUCCUGACCCAUUUGAAGGAGCAUCCUGAUGCCUGGACGAGAGUGGACACCAUCCUGGAGUUCUCCCAGAACAUGAACACCAAAUACUACGCACUGCAGAUUCUAGAAACGGUGAUCAAAACAAGAUGGAAGAUUCUGCCCCGGAACCAGUGUGAAGGCAUAAAGAAGUACGUGGUCGGCCUCAUCAUUAAAACCUCCUCCGACGCUUCGGUCGUCGAGAAAGAGAAAGUGUACAUCGGAAAGCUCAACAUGAUCCUGGUCCAGAUCCUGAAGCAGGAGUGGCCGAAGCACUGGCCCCACUUCAUCAGUGACAUCGUGGGGGCGAGCCGCACCAGUGAGAGCCUGUGCCAGAACAACAUGGUGAUCCUCAAGCUGCUGAGCGAGGAGGUGUUCGACUUCUCCAGCGGACAGAUGACCCAGGUCAAAGCCAAGCACCUGAAGGACAGCAUGUGUAACGAAUUCUCUCAGAUAUUCCAGCUUUGCCAGUUUGUCAUGGAAAACUCCCAGAAUGCAACACUAGUCCAGGCGACACUAGAAACAUUGUUGCGGUUUCUGAACUGGAUUCCGCUGGGCUACAUAUUCGAAACCAAACUCAUCAGCACACUUGUGUACAAGUUUUUAAACGUCCCCAUGUUCCGGAACGUGACCCUGAAGGGUCUGACUGAGAUCGCGGGCGUGAGCGUGAGCCAGUACGAGGAGCAGUUCGUCACCCUCUUCACCCUCACCAUGAUGCAGCUCAAACAGAUGCUCCCGCUGAACACCAACAUCCGGCAGGCCUACUCUAACGGGAAGGACGACGAGCAGAACUUCAUCCAGAACCUGAGCCUGUUCCUCUGCACCUUCCUCAAGGAGCAUGGCCAGCUCAUCGAGAAGAGGCUCAACCUGAGGGAGACGCUCAUGGAGGCUCUGCACUACAUGCUGCUGGUGUCGGAGGUGGAGGAGACGGAGAUCUUCAAGAUCUGCCUGGAGUACUGGAACCACCUGGCGGCCGAGCUGUACAGAGAGAGCCCCUUCUCCACCUCCACCUCCCCCCUCCUCUCCGGGACCCAGCACUUCGACGUCCCGCCCCGACGACAGCUCUACCUGCCCGUGCUCUCCAAGGUGCGGCUCCUGAUGGUCAGCCGCAUGGCGAAGCCGGAGGAGGUGCUGGUGGUGGAGAACGACCAGGGGGAGGUGGUGCGUGAGUUCAUGAAGGACACCGACUCCAUCAACCUCUACAAGAACAUGCGCGAGACGCUCGUGUACCUGACGCAUUUGGACUACGCGGACACGGAGCGCAUCAUGACGGAGGAGAAGCUGCACAACCAGGUGAACGGGACGGAGUGGUCGUGGAAGAACCUGAACACGCUGUGCUGGGCCAUCGGCUCCAUCAGCGGGGCCAUGCACGAGGAGGACGAGAAGCGCUUCCUGGUCACCGUCAUCAAGGAUCUGCUGGGGCUCUGCGAGCAGAAGAGGGGGAAGGACAACAAGGCCAUCAUCGCCUCCAACAUCAUGUACAUCGUGGGCCAGUACCCCCGCUUCCUCCGCGCCCACUGGAAGUUCCUCAAGACCGUGGUCAACAAGCUCUUCGAGUUCAUGCACGAGACGCACGACGGCGUGCAGGACAUGGCCUGCGACACCUUCAUCAAGAUCGCGCAGAAGUGCCGCCGCCACUUCGUCCAGGUGCAGGUGGGCGAGGUCAUGCCCUUCAUCGACGAGAUCCUCAACAACAUCAACACCAUCAUCUGUGACCUCCAGCCCCAGCAGGUGCACACCUUCUACGAGGCCGUGGGCUACAUGAUCGGCGCGCAGACGGACCAGGCGGUCCAGGAGCACCUGAUCGAGAAGUACAUGCUGCUGCCCAACCAGGUGUGGGACAGCAUCAUCCAGCAGGCCACCAAGAACGUAGACAUCCUGAAGGACCCGGAGACGGUGAAGCAGCUAGGCAGCAUCCUGAAGACCAACGUGCGGGCGUGCAAGGCGGUGGGACACCCCUUUGUCAUCCAGCUGGGCCGCAUCUACCUGGACAUGCUCAACGUGUACAAGUGCCUGAGCGAGAACAUCUCCGCCGCCAUCCAGACCAACGGAGAGAUGGUGACCAAGCAACCUCUGAUCCGAAGUAUGAGGACUGUUAAACGUGAAACCCUGAAGCUCAUCUCCGGCUGGGUCAGCCGCUCCAAUGAUCCGCAAAUGGUGGGGGAGAACUUUGUGCCCCCGCUGCUGGACGCCGUGCUGAUCGAUUACCAGCGGAACGUUCCGGCCGCCCGGGAGCCGGAGGUGCUCAGCACCAUGGCAACCAUCGUCAACAAGCUCAGCGGACACAUCACCUCGGAGAUCCCCCAGAUCUUCGACGCCGUCUUCGAGUGCACCCUCAACAUGAUCAACAAGGACUUCGAGGAGUAUCCUGAGCAUCGAACCAACUUCUUCUACCUGCUGCAAGCCGUGAAUUCCCACUGCUUCCCGGCGUUCCUGGCCAUUCCGCCCGCACAGUUCAAGCUGGUGCUGGACUCCAUCAUCUGGGCCUUCAAACACACCAUGAGGAAUGUGGCGGACACAGGGCUGCAGGUCCUGUACACGCUGCUGCAGAACGUGGCGCAGGAGGAGGCCGCCGCGCAGAGCUUCUACCAGACCUACUUCUGCGACAUCCUGCAGCACAUCUUCUCUGUCGUCACGGACACGUCGCACACGGCCGGGCUGACCAUGCACGCCUCCAUCCUCGCCUACAUGUUCAACCUGGUGGAGGAGGGUAAGAUCAGCGUGGCACUCAACCCCUCGAACCCCGUCAACAACCAGGGCUUCAUCCAGGAGUACGUGGCCAACCUGCUCAAAACCGCCUUCCCGCACCUACAGGACGCCCAGGUCAAGGUGUUUGUGACGGGGCUGUUCAGUUUAAACCAGGAUAUUCCAGCCUUCAAGGAACACCUGCGGGACUUCCUCGUGCAGAUAAAGGAGUUUGCCGGAGAGGACUCCACAGACCUGUUCCUGGAGGAGCGGGAGGCGUCUCUGCGCCUGGCACAGGAGGAGAAACACAAGCUGCAGAUGUCCGUUCCGGGCAUCCUGAACCCACACGAGAUCCCCGAGGAGAUGUGCGACUAACCGCAGGGACAGAUUGUAUAUUUGUGUAUAAAAAAAAAAAAAACAAAAGGAAAAAAAAAAGAGAAGAAAAAAAAAUAAAGCCAAGAGUCAUGGAAGCUCUUCCCAUGGGCGUUACGCAAGCCAGCCCCGCCCCCCCCCAUCCGGAAGAGUCCAAGCACUGGUGUUUCUUGACCAAAACGAUGCCAAUAUGUACAUUAUACUGUUUCAGCCCCCAACGGUCCUUUUUACACAGUACGCGUUUUGUAUGGAGAACUUGGUGUAAUAUCUUCCCAUUGUUGAGUCCGUCACGCUUAUCUGUUUGGUCAUGUUUCUUUAUUUAGCGCUGCAUGAAGUCAGAAUUAAAGACCUUCACUCCCCCCCCCCCCCCCCUCUUCCCCCUCCUCACCCCCUUUUUUGCCCAUUUUAUUUGUUUGUAUCCUUAAAAUAAAUCUAUAUAUUCCCACAGGAGUACACAAGAAAAACGAACACACAUGCAGGAAAAAAAAACAAACGUCUGUGUGUCAAGUCAUCUACAGAGAAGAGGGUUCUAGAACUGACGGCAUUGGUGGUCUUCUGUGAUUAAUUUUUUUUUUUUUUUUUUUUUUCUUUCGGUUCUGGAAUUUGAGGGGCGCUGGGAGGUCUGGCUGGAGAAUGUGAGGCUUUGAGCUUUGUACAGUGAAGGUGUGCACGAUGCAGCGUUUGAGGGUGAGGGUCGAGGUCCAGCUUGUCGUGGUUCUCGAUUGGAUUGAAUACAUGCAGUUUUGUUACUAGACAGGAAUUCUGAAGCAAGGAUAGAUUAUGUGCAUAUCACUCCUCCCCCCCUCCCCCCCAUUGUAAAGCCUCUUUUAAUACCACGGGAACAUAAAGUUGGUUAUUUUUACAAAGGUGUGCGUGUGUGUGUGCGCGUGUGUGUUUGCGCGUGCGCGCAUGUGUGUGUGUGUGUGUGUGUGUGCUGUCGCUUUGUCGACAACAGGUUUUUGUUUUCCUCAAUGAGGACUGUUGCUCAUUUUGUGAGCUUUCAUUAAAUCCAAGGUUAAAAAUAUUUAUGGGUUAGUGUAGGCUGCCUCUUUAUGACAAACUGGUGUUAAUUCAAAUGGCUUUUGAGGUGGCACUGUACUAAUUCUACAUGGGGUUUCCAUGGAGUAGUGCUUCAAGAACACGACUUGAAGAGCAGAAAUUAAACUGGGUUUACAUUUAAUUUUUGUAUUUUUUUGAAAAUCCUAUCCCAAUAACCCAUGAGGCUUUCAUUCAGAGCUCAUCUGAUUUAGACUCACAAACCUGAUCUCAAACGGCUCAAAUACUCCCUACCCUAAGUGUUACAUUUGUUGUGAAUCUUUUUGAAACUGAUUAAAGUUGAGAGGAUUUUACAAA